UCAUCCCCUUUCCCCUUUUCUCUCUUCGUCUGCUCCAGAGUCGCCAGUUAGGGUUUAGCCUCUCUUCUCCUCCACCCAAACCUCUCUCAACGAAAUCACAAUGAGCGGAGAUAAGGAUAGCUUCCCCAUGGCCGAUCUUGGUGCUGCCCUCAACCAAGGGGAUCGAGCUGGGUUGGUUAAUGCUCUGAAGAAUAAGCUUCAGAACCUGGCUGGGCAACAUUCUGAUGUUCUUGAUAAUCUGUCUCCUAAUGUCCGCAAGCGAGUUGAGUUUCUCAGAGAGAUCCAGGGCCAGCAUGAUGAGUUAGAGGCCAAGUUUUUUGAGGAACGAGCUGCCCUUGAGGCAAAAUAUCAAAAACUAUAUCAGCCUCUGUACACCAAGCGGUAUGAGAUUGUGAAUGGUGUUACUGAAGUUGAAGGAGUCACUGAAGAAACUUCUACUGAACAAGUAGAGGGUAAAACAGCUGAUGAGAAAGGAGUGCCGGGUUUUUGGCUAAUGGCAAUGAAGAAUAAUGAAGUCCUAACAGAGGAGGUAACUGAGCGUGAUGAAGGAGCUCUCAAAUAUCUUAAGGAUAUCAAGUGGUGUCGUAUAGAAGAACCCAAAGGAUUCAAGCUUGAGUUAUUCUUUGAUGCCAAUCCUUAUUUCAAGAACACUGUCUUGACAAAGACAUAUCACAUGAUUGAUGAAGAUGAGCCAAUUCUCGAGAAGGCCAUAGGGACGGAGAUAGAAUGGUAUCCUGGAAAAUGCUUAACACAAAAGCUCCUUAAGAAGAAACCUAAGAAGGGAUCAAAGAAUGCGAAGCCAAUCACAAAAACUGAAGAUUGUGAAAGUUUUUUCAACUUCUUCAGCCCACCACAAGUUCCAGAUGAUGAUGAAGACCUUGAUGAGGACACUGCUGAGGAGCUGCAAAAUCAAAUGGAACAAGACUAUGAUAUUGGCUCUACUAUUCGUGAUAAAAUCAUUCCUCAUGCUGUCUCUUGGUUUACGGGGGAGGCCAUUCAAGGUGAUGAUUUAGAAAUUGAAGAUGAUGACGAUGAUGAUGAGGGCUUCGAUGAUGAUGAUGAUGAAGAUGAAGAAGAAGAUGAUGAUGAUGAUGAAGAUGAAGAGGAUGAAGAAGAACGCAAGACCACAAAGAAGUCAAGCGCACACAAGAAGAGUGGAAAAGCUCAAUUUGGUGGGGCAGCAGGGCAGCAGGGUGAACGGCCACCAGAAUGCAAGCAGCAGUAGAAUCUCAUUAUCGUCUCUCUUGAUGUGUGAGAAAACUCUUAUUUGGGCCUGUGGAAUGUUUAUUGGAGAAGGGAGAAGCGGUUUGCAGUUUUGGGUGUUAUGGUUGUUACAUUUUUUUAGUUGUUACAUUAUGAAUGAUUUGUUUGGAAAGGAUCUUUUUCCCAUUCUCUAUUUGGCUUGGUAGAACAAAAUCCUAGUUAAGAUGUGUCGGGAUUUAUUUAUUUAUGUGAAUGUUUACAGAAACUCUAAAGUAUAUCAGUCUU